GUUAUCUUAUCAAUUAUGAUUGACUCUUGGAUGCUUCAGAGUCAACCACCAAUAAUUACCAAGAAGAACAACAGUUUGAUCAAAGACCAAAAAUCUAAUAAUUGUAGUAGUAUUAGCACUGAGCUAAAAGCUGAAAACUUUCUUUACUCUUUCAAGAAUUUACCACUUGGGCAGUUAGAGUUGAUGGCAGAGAAUGGAUUAGGGUCAUCAGUGGUGGGGGGUGGUGGUGGAGGUGAGACAUGGAAGGCACGGUUAGGGAUGUUGAUAGUGCCCAUGAUCCAUGGUGGUUACCAUGUGAUAACCAAAGUGGUACUCAAUGAUGGUGUCAACCAAAUAGUUUACUGUGCCUACAGAGAUCUCAUUGCCCUUUCUAUCCUUGCUCCUCUUGCCUAUUUCCAUGAAAAGCAGAGAAGACCACCAAUUACUAAGGGUCUACUAAUCUCAUUCUUCUUUGUUGGAUUAUUUGGGGUAGUUGGCAACCACCUUUUAUUUGUUAUUGGUCUAAGCUAUACUAAUCCAUCAUAUGCUUCUGCCUUAGAGCCAACAGUUCCAGUCUUUACAUUUCUCUUUUCUCUAAUCAUGGGCAUAGAAAAAGUGAACUUGUUAAGGUAUGAAGGUGUGGCAAAGGUUGUUGGAACUGUUGUCUGUGUCUCUGGUGCCAUAUUGAUGGUUGUAUAUCAUGGUCCAGUUGUUAUAGGAAAUUCAGAAACAGGACUGCAACAUGUAUCACAAGAUGCAUCUGGAAUGUUAAUUGAUGGGUUGAAGUUUAUAGGAUUAGAUCAAUUCAGUCUUGGGGUUAUAUGCAUAAUAGGGCACUGCUUGUCCAUGGCUGCUUAUCUGGCCAUUCAGGCACAAUUACUGAAAAAGUACCCCACAAAUAUAUCUCUCACAGCGUAUUCAUACUUUUUUGGAGCUGGAUUGAUGGUGUUAAUAUCAAUAUUUAUGUCUAAUGAGAUAACAGACUGGAUUUUGAUGCCGUCGGAAAUACUUGCUGUUCUUUACGCUGGAAUUGUUGCAUCCGCCCUUGCUUAUGGACUGAUAACAUGGUGCAACAAGAUUUUGGGGCCAAUUAUGAUUGCCCUUUUUAGCUCCCUUCAACCUGCAUGUUCUACUUCCCUAUCUCUAAUUUUCCUUGGUACUCCUCUUUACUUGGGAAGUAUACUUGGAGGAACUUUUAUCAUUGCUGGCCUAUAUAUUGUUACUUGGGGAUCUUACAAAGAAAACCAGGCAAAUGCUGGAGUUAUUGCUUUUGAAUCUUGUGUGUCUGAUCCACUUCUUCAAGAAAAGACAGUGUGUCAGAAGGCUCAAGAUUAGUGCAUCCCUCAAGUCAUUGGGUUAAGGAACUGAACUGAACUGAAUUGUAUAAUAUUGUAUAUUAGUGUGCAUCAAAAGUGUUCUGUUCCAUAUUUGGUUCCUGUGAAUUUAAAAAUGUUUAUGUUAGCUGCUUAUGCUUGCAUCAGGUUAGGCCGCCUACUUUAUACAAUUUGAGUGAGCUUUUUCGGAACCUCGUGUGGAUAGGUCAUUUUCCAGAGUUUACAUAAUGUGAAAGGCUUUGUCCCAUGCUAUCCUAUGUUGUUUUAGGACCAACUCUAGAGAGACCAAUUUUUACAUCAUUUUAAGUGAGAAAUUUAUGUUCCAUAUGAUAAGGAUCCUUGUUUCAUUUUUAGGAUAAAAUCCCAAAUUUGACUUCAUUGAGUACAAUUUUCAUGAAAAUUGGAAUAACAGACUGGACUUUGACAUUGUUAAAAUACUUGCCGUUCUUUCUGCUAUGAGUCACUAUAAUUUUCAGUAUCUGCAAUUGAAUCCAAAUAUAUUGAUUUAUAAAUGUAGCAAAAAGAAAAUGUUAAAAUGAGUUAUAAAUGGAGGGAGUAACAUAUUUUUCUUGUGUUUUCAACAUGUAGUUUAUGACAAAAGAAUUCUUGCAUUUUUCUUUCCAUAGGGAAUUAUUGCUUAUGCACUUGGUUAUGUACUCAAAACAUGGUGCAACAAGAUUUUGGGGCCAAAUAUGCAUGGUUGUACUAUAUAACUCCUAUAUGUUGCUUCCAGUUAUUGAUACAUUUUGUUUUAUGGCAUCCAGAAGUGACAUUCUAAAGUUAUAUUUUAUUUCAAAGUUUCUUAUUAAUCUCUUGUAUUUUAUGUUUGGGUUUCAGAGAAAAGCAGGAAGAUUCUGCUCAAGUUAUUCCUUAUGAAUCUUGUGUGUUUGAGCUACUUAUUCUUUGUUUUUCUCGGUAGACAAAGAAAACAAGAAGAAAACUAAAACAAAUUAGUAUAAUCAGUGUUCCCUUAUGGCUACUAUGUUUGUUGUUCAAGACA